CUGCCUCUAUAAUCUAUAUUAUUUAGCACAUUACUCAAACAUGGCGGGUGAUGAAACUGACAGUGAUCUCAAACCGUCUAGCGUUGCUAUAAUAAGGGAAGUUUACGACAGUGAAAAUGCUCACAUUAAAUUUGAAAUGGAAUUGGAAAGAGCACUGGAGGCUGGAGUCAGUAUCAUAGUUAUUGAACCAGAAGCACUAGGAGAAGACACAGCGCGAUGGAUCUAUGUUGGAAACCUAUUACAUAAAGUGUCACUGUACAGUGGAAUAAGCAGUAUCGCAUCAGGUUUAACUUGGAGUUCCUUAGCAUGCACACCUUUUGGGAUUAUAUCUGUACUUUGUGCUGGUUGUUACACUUUAUCUUGGCAAUGGGAUCCUUGUUGUAAGUAUCAGGUGGAGAAAAAUCGUCACCGCUUAUCAACAUUACCAAUGUUGAGUGACCUUACAUCUGCUACCCCGGUAGUUCUUGUACGCACAGAUAAUAAACAAAAAAUUAUACUACAUAGCACAGUAUCUAUAGCUGCAGCUGCAAUUUGUUUAUGGAGACUAUAUAACACAUUUAAAUAAAAAAAAUAUAUAUUGUUGUUGAUUAAAAGGCUUACAUUAAGUUUAUUUUUAUUGUAUGAUAGGCGAAUAUGUCUAGUGUCAUUGUCUCAAUCUAGAUAAUAUGUUGUAAAAACUGUAUAAUAUUGUUAUUUUUAUGUAUAAACAUAUGUAUUGUGUAGAUCUAGAUUAAAAACUGUACAAAAAUAUAUUUUGUUGAAAUGUAAAAUGCUUUUUAGUGAAUUAAAGAGGUUGUUGAUUCUUUUGUAAUGUUGUAGGGUUAGUUUCAGCUGUAGUAGAACAUACUAUAAUAAAAAAAUAUUAA